AUGUGGUGGCCAAAACCGUUGGCGGCGUGCGGCCUUCUACUUCUAUUAUGGAUGCCGUCGGUUUGUGGUGAGUCAACGAGGAAAAGUGAUUCGGAAAUGAAUGAGGGAGGCAUUCAGAUGCGGACGACGACAAUCCCGUGACGAGUCGAUUCCACUGCCUCAAGAACGGAUGCUGCGAUCACCACGAGUGGUGCAGGUUCUGGGCGUCUGUUGGGGAAUGCAAAGUGAGCACGAUCCAUGGGAAAGUCAUUGGUAUUCAAAAAACCUUCAGACAAAUGCUGACUGGAUGGUUGAUAAUUGUCAACUGGCCUGCAACACUUGCAACCGGAAGAGCCUGAUCAGACCAGCUCCAAAAGCCCGGCCAAGGAGACCUCCGCCACGCAAACUUGCCGCUACGGUUGAUUCCUCUCAAUCACUCCAAUAACUUUUAACCUUUCCAGACCAGAGCCCCUGUCACAGUGGAGACGGUCCCCACCACAACGGCUUCUCCACCGACUCCCCCACAAACCCGUCCGCCCCCAGUCACUCGUCGGCCGAACUUCACCACGGCCGUCACCAUCCCGAGGUAAGUUCCCUCACCCACACGAACCCGCUUUGUCUCCUUCAUCAUGCUUUCCCACCACCGAACAGUUGUAUUGUCAUUGUGUCGUUCGUCUUCUGACCCAAGUGUGCGAGAAGUACACCAAAAACUAGUUGGGCUGGGUGACAUGAGGCUGAGAAGAGAAUGGGUUCAUUUUUGUGAUGUUUCCAGAAGAAGAUAAAAGAGUCCGGGGUGAUUCGGCACAUGUCAUGUCCGGCUCCAGUUAACGCUUCUUGUAGACUGAGCACCACGCACGCUCCUCUCCUCCAUCAGCCCGCACGGCCUCCGAUCCGAGUCGCCAGUUCGUUCGCUUCCAAAGGGAAGAAAGUGACCCGCAAGUUCUUCUUCUUCUUCAACAGUACAAGGGCUGUUCCCACCACAACCUCUACUUCUACUACCCCUAUCCCCACCACGACCACUACUUUGCCCCCUACGAAGACGAGCACGACCACCACGACGACGACGACGACGACUCCACCGCCGACUACCACAACAACCACGACAACAUCAACAACAACAACAACUCCAACACCAACAACGACUACUACAACCCCAGAACCAACAACGACGACGUCCACGACAACGACUACAACCACUGCCGCCACCACCACAACCACAGCCACUGUCCCGCCGCAGUUUAUUCCGUCUUUCUCAGACGACGCUUCUGAUGCUUCUCUGCCUUUUGUUGCUUUUGAAGGCACUACUGUAAACUUUGAGACUACGUAAGUCCCCCGUCGUCCUCGGUUUCUCUCUUUUCGGUGUGCCUGCUUCUGUUCUCUCUCACCAACCGAGUUCCAACCUACCCCCAACACAGUUCCAGAAGACUCCCCCUCCAGACGGUCACUCGUCGUCCUGCCCUGGCCAACAGACGUCCUCCUCCUCCCCGCCAACGCGCGAACUUGCUCCGUUCGACCAUCCGUCCAACUCCUCGCGUCUUCACCAUUGUAACCCCAAUACCAACCUUCUCCUCUGUUCCUGACCUGGCUCCAGUCACCCGAUUCUUCGUGCAGAGACCUCCCGCAACCAGACGACCAGCAGCGCUCUUCACAACAAGAAGGACGUUCCCUCCGCCACCAGCAACGACUCCAUCGACGACGACAACCGCGACUACUCCACCGCCUGCGACGACCCAGUUCACCAGGGAGUUCACGUAUGGUUUUCAUCUCAUUUGUUCUUUUUCUUUUCUUUUUGGGAAUAGUUUUGAACGGUGUCAUGGUACAACUUACCAACUUAUCAACAUCAUUACCUCUGGGUUUACUAACUGUUCAUGUAUUCUGAACCCUUUCCAGGCCAUCUCCGACUACCAGAGCAUUUAUAAACACUGCUCAAAAUGGAAGGUGCCGUGAUAUUAUCAACGAUCCGGUCGUUGCCGCCGAAGAUAUGUGGAGGGAGAGACUCGCCGUCGCCACUGAAGGUAACCGGUUGUUUCUAUCUGCAAAGUUGUAAUGUGGUGUUUAUUCAGAUAACUCCCGUCGUCAGACUGUUGAUCUAGAUCAGGUUAUCCGUUCGAACACUGCAAACGCCUGCACUCCUCGUUUGGACGAAGCCGACUGCGAAGCGAACAUUUGCUACAAUGCGCUCUACCGUACCCUCGACGGAACAUGCAAUAACAUGAAGGGAGAACCAUUGAGGGGGGCCUCGUACCGUCCGUAUACCAGACUGCUUCCUACCAUUUACGACAACGACGUCUCCGAACCAGUCGGUCGGUUCUUUCUGAUCCGUUUUGUCCCUUCAGCGCAUUCAUUUUUCCAGGGUCCCUCUUCACCGAUGCCCGUCCGUCCCCUCGUGAAAUCACUCGCAAGCUGACUUCCUCGCAAGCGUCCGUUGAAUCGCCAGACUACAACGCCCUCAUCAUGCAGUUCGGGCAGUUCAUCUCCCACGAUAUGGCCAAGACUACUCUCGUUCCUUCUGCCAAAUGCAAUGUCUGCCAGAACAUCACCAGUCGGUGCAUGGCCGUCCCGAUCACUUUUGACGAUGCCAACUCGAAGUUAGUCUGUCAAGAAACAUACGUCAAAAUGUGGACUUUUUCAGCUUCCGCCAAGCCCAGUGCAUCCGUGUCUCGCGAUCUUCGCCUAUAUGCGGAUCCGGAAACUUGAAGCCACGUCAGCAGUUGAACGAGAACACUGGGUACAUUGAUGCCUCCCCGAUUUAUGGAUCUUCUGUUCAUGAUUCAAAGAAGUUCCGUGACGGAGGCUCUGGAUUCCUGAAACUGCCAAUGUUCAACGGAAACUCCUGUCAGUCCUUGUCCCCUGCACUUCGCACCAAUCAUCUUUAUUUCAGUCCUUCCGUUCGAUCAGUCCAAAUGCAGAAACCGUGCUCAGUGCUCCGUGAUCUUCACUGCCGGAGACAGUCGUGUCAACCUAUUCGUCGGUCUCUCAGCCUGGCACACAAUCUUCACAAAAGAGCACAACCGUUUGGUCACUGCUUUCCAGAGACUCAAUCCCCACUGGGACGGAGAACGUCUUUAUCAGGAAGCCAGAAAGGUCAUCGGAGCCCAAGUGCAAGCCAUCGUCUAUCGGGAAUGGCUGCCGAAAGUGCUCGGGGCGUCGUUUGCCACCGUCGUCGGUGACUACAGAGGAUACGAUUCCGACGUCGACUCGACCGUUGCGAACGAGUUCACUUCUGCUGCGUUCCGGUUCGGACACGGAAUGAUUCAAGAGUUCUAUCAGAGACUGGACACGUCUUUCCGCAACAUUACUUUCGGAGCUCUGCCCUUCCAGAAGGGAACUCUUCACUCGGAUGUUCUUGUGAACGAAGGGGAGUCGACCCAUUGAUCAGAGGAAUGUUCUCGCAGAAUGUGAAGAGACCGCAGAGAGUGACGACUACAGUCACGGAGAACAUGUUCGGAUCGACUGAUCUCUCGACGAUAAACAUUCAGAGAGGAAGGGACCACGGACAUCCGGCAUACGUCAAGUACAGAGAACUGUGCGGAAUGGGAAGUGCUUCCAACUUCGAGCAUCUUUCCCGCGAGAUUCUGAACACCGGAACGAGGAACAAGCUGCAGGAGAUCUACGGAUCUGUGGACAAGAUUGAUUUGUGGGUGGGUGCUCUCCUCGAGGAUCCGAUCAUUCGGGGGCUCGUCGGACCGACUGUCGCCUGCAUUAUCGGCCCACAAUUCAAGAGAACCAGAGACGGAGACAGGUAAUGGAUUUGUAAUGUGAAAAAAACUGAAUGCGUUUUAGAUUCUACUACGAGAACCCGGGAGUAUUCACUCGUCGUCAGCUGGUUGAGAUCCGCAAGAGCUCUCUGAGCAGAAUCAUUUGUGACAACACGAAUACGAUCACGGUGAGUCCGCGACCAGAUCUUCCGUACUCAUCCUCUCAAUUCAGACGAUUCCCCGCGAAGCGUUCCGAGUGGGUCACAUGGUCCCGUGCAGUCAGAUCCCUUCGAUGGACCUCAAUCAAUGGCGCGACUUCUAA